AUGGCCUUCGUGUACAGGUCGCUCGUGAAAGUUGGUGAUGAGUUUUGCCCCACCUCUCUGUUGCCAGUUUGGAAUCAUCCUGCUGGUCCGAAAACUGUCUUUUUCUGGGCUCCCACAGUUAAAUGGGGCCUUGUGAUUGCUGGAUUGGCUGAUCUCACCCGCCCAGCUGAAAGAAUCAGUGUUUAUCAGAGCACUGCAUUGGCAUUAACCGGUCUUAUUUGGUCUCGCUACUCUCUUGUCAUUAUACCUAAGAACUGGAACCUUUUUAGUGUCAAUAUCUUUGUCGCUGGCACUGGCAUCUACCAACUAUUCCGCGUUUAUAGAUGCCGUAGAGCUCAAACUAAGCUUCUAGCUUAG